CUUGCAGUUGAUCGGAAACGACUACAUGCGAGAGUCUACGAUCGCAUUUCUGAAUGUAAGCGGUUCAGACGGCUUAUUGUAUAGAUGGCGUUCGCGCAUAAGUAGUUUUCCACAACUGGCGGCAGACUAAUAUUGGAGGUAACCAGUAACCAGUGACCAUAAUCGCGGUUCAUUACUCUUGUUGGUGAUAUGAUCUGAUUCUGAUCUGAUAUUGGUAAUAUCUCGGGCUCCUUAGUCGGUGCUCGCCGCUUGUGCAAAAUCCAAAUUUUAAUUUGUAAAAUGUGUAUUUCCUCCAAAUUGUUCUAACACUGCAAAAGCCCGCAACUCAAUUCGCAAUCAAAAUAUUGACAAGCUUUUUUAAUAUUGCCUCGAGCGCGUCUAAUAAUAUCAAUGAGUUAUGAAGCACACACAACAAUCUAAUGUCUUGAAAUUUGUUCGGAAUCAAAUAUUUGCUUUGUUAGAGUAGGCGGUGUUCUCAAUGAUAGUAAGCACUUAAACUUGUUAGCCAAAACAUCAAUCUACACGAGUUCAAACAUCUUUCCAAUGAUCUUUUUUUUUAAACAAUGUGAAAUCAUUCUUUUAUCAAAAUAUGAAUGCAAUUGACCUUAUUUGAAUGCAUUUAAUCAAGUAAAACAUUUUUAUCUAAUUAAGAAGGUGAUUUUGAAGUUAAUCUACACAAAACUUACAAUGCCUCCAAUUCCGUUAGAAGGCAAUCAGCCAAGUAUGAGCAAUGGAUUACCCCCCGAAGGAUCUGUCUCUUUAUCAGUAUUGAUUGAUUUUAUCGUACAACGUACUUACCAUGAGCUUACGGUUCUUGCAGAAUUGUUGCCACGGAAACCCGAUAUGGAACGUAAAAUUGAAAUCUACAAGUUUGCCAAUCGUACUAGACAGUUGUUUGUUCGUCUUCUUGCUCUCGUAAAAUGGGCAAGUAGUGCUUCCAAAGUUGAUAAGUCUACGCAAAUAAUGGGUUUUUUAGAUAAACAAUCAAUGUUAUUUGUAGACACGGCCGACAUGCUUGCCAGAGUGGCUCGUGAGACGGUCGUAUCAGCUCGUUUGCCUAAUUUUCACAUUCCAUCUGCCGUUGAAGUAUUGACAACAGGUACAUUCUCUAGAUUACCCGCUUGCAUCCGAGAACGAAUUGUACCGCCUGAUAAAAUUACUGCAGCAGAAAAACGAGAAACCUUAUUACAAUUAAAUAGGGUUAUCCAACACCGAUUGGUUUGUAGUAAUUUAAUCGGAGAAAUGAGUUGUAAAAAAGUAGCUAAUGGCAGAGUUACAUUUCGAGUUGAAAAUGAGUUUCAAGUUUCUUUGACAUUGAUGGGCGACAACCCUAAUAUACCAUGGAGACUUUUGGAUAUCGAAAUACUAGUCGAAGAUAAAGAAACCGGUGAAGGUAAACCGUUAGUGCAUUCUCUUCAGACACAGUAUAUUCAUCAAGUAGUGCAAGCUAGACUGUUGGAGUGUUGCAGUACCGGCGGCGAACCUCUUACUCAGGUUUAUACGGUUUUACACUAUUUUUGCCAAUCAUUACAAUUAGAAGUGUUGUUUUCACAGACAAGAGUUUUGUGUAAAGACAGAUUGGAUGGUCACAUACAUAUAACCGAGUACACGGCGGGGAAGUGUUUAAUUGUUACAUAUUGGCGGGAGCUUUCACACAGUGUGUCUGAACAAUUCGGGUAUUCUUUGACAGUUUAUGUGGACGACAAAGAACCAAAUAAACCACUGUCGAUACUACAUUCACCGUCUUUAGGCGUUAAAGAUGCAGAAAUUACAGAAAAAUCAAUUGGCACUGAUCAGUUAUCAAUGGAAAGACUGUUAGUACAUACAAUUUUUGUACGUACCAAAAUUCGUUUAUCGGAACUCAAAGUAGAAAUAGAAAACAUGUUAAAAAACGUCGAAUGCAAUUUGCAAGGCUCUCCGGCAAUAUUAUCAGUGGCAAUACUUAGUCCUUGCUUGCGUGCCGAACAACUACUCAUUACGGUAGAUACACACACCGGCAUGAUUCAAUGCCACGUACCCGAGUUCAACCCACCUUGUAUAGUUCAACUACAACAGGCCUUGAACAGUGAAAAUUCCAAAAUACCUCUUCUCAUAAGCGAUUUGAGAUUUUGGAUUACUCAACGCCGUUGCGAGGCUACAUUACAACAUCUUCCGGCAACGGCAUAUGAACGAUUACCAGUGUUGCAUCAUUCCGAUCAUCCAAUGUCGAAAAUUAGCCGUCAUCGUAUGUUUAUUAAAUUGCAUAAGAUAUCAAAUAUGAUAUUGAUUGUGGAAUUUGCAGAAAAUGAAAAAUCACCGUGUAGGAUCGAGUACACAUUUUUUCUCGCCAAUGUCAAGAAGUCCUCGAUCGAAGACAACCCUCAUGACGAUUCUGUUGAAACAGACAUGCCUAAAAUGUAUUUGAAGGUUUUGACUUUACUGACAAUAGAGAAAUUUGUAGCGACACAUGGACCGUUUACGGCUGUUAUCGAGGAACAACAAGAAAAAAAUGAUCCUAACAGUCGUAAAAGGACUAUUAUGUGUAACGAUAAACCAAGAAAAAUGUCUAAACACCCCGCUUAUUUUAUACCUGAGCUUGCCCACAUAGUCGCUUUGUGCGACGAAAGACUACCCUUUACAGUGCUGGCACAAGAAUUGACAAAACGCGGCAUUAGCAAUCAAGGCGUGCAAGUAGAAGCAAACGCUACUACCUUUGUUUUAAAAAUUUUGUCAUUACCUCCUCCUGCUGGAAUCGAAGUGAACAAUCCUAAAUGGAUAUCUCUAUGCAAACGUGUAUUAUCAAUAUCUAUUCGAGUAUUCGGAAAAGGUACUACACGAUGUUGGACUACUGAAUAUGUGUUUUUUGGAAGCCCGUUGCCUAGUACACAUAGUAGAGAGCAAGGGGCCCGUCGUCCAGUUUAUAUGAAUUACGAUGUUAGCAUUGCUGAAAAUACUUCUAAAACGGUCGAAACAUUAUUGAACGACUGGUCUCAAAUUGUGCAUCUGUAUUUUUUAGUGGAGGACCUGUCUCCUUAUUUGCAACUCGAGAAAAACAACUUGGCAUCUAUGAUAAGUAUAAAAAGUUACAACUAUUUGAAACUUGUUAUAGGAUAUGGCACUCAAAGACGUUCGACGGCAACGAUCCAGUGGAACUCGUCGACUAAUAGAUUUACUAUAGUUUUUGGUUCGCUCAACAGCAGUAUUAAUCCACAUAAUUUAAUCAAAGAACAAUUUGAAGGUUACCUCAAUAGUAAUAAAAAGUUGUCAAUGCUCAUUCAUGAAAUUUUGGAUACGUUCAAUCCUCUGAGUGCAAUUUGUAAAUUACCAUCAAUACCUCAACUUUGUGUUUUACAAGUCAGACCACAAGUACCAGUUAUUACUUUUGGAAUUGUUGCCAACUCGACAAAUUUAAUUAAAGUUAUUUAUGAAGGACAAUACUGUUUAGAAAUAACGUUGAGAUGGGGAAACUUGGUCAGUAUAAGAGAUGGAGCUUAUAGUAGAUACGAUAGGACGUCUGUGAUUUCUGAUUAUAUACCAACGCCGGGAUUAAAAGCUUUUUUAUCCAAGUAUGUAGAUGAAGCUAAUAUGUUUAGAAGACGAUCACAAUCGGAGGAUGAUAACCCACCAUCACCUAUCACUAUGGACAAUGUUGAAGGAAACUUUUUAGGUGGCUCGUCUCAUAGAGGUCCUCAAUCGCCCGCACCAGGUUUACGGUUUCAUUCUGCCGGUAAUUCUACACCAGGUAGCAAUCCACAUACUCCGGCUAGUCCACAUCCUGCUGUUGGAGUUGCGGGUAUGUCGCAAAAUACUCAACAGCAAUACAUCAAUAGCCCUGCAACGUCUUUCAAUUUGGCAUCUCCACCAUCAUUACCGUCCGCCAUCAAUCCAUCGCCGUCGAUGCUACCACAUCCUUCUCCGGGCUCUAGUCUGAUGGCUAGUUCUCCAUCAAAUCCUUUACAUGUACCUAGCCCAGCAGGGAUGCUGUCUAAUUCUUCGCCGGGUCCGGGAUCUGGUUUUGGUUUGAGUUCUAAUACUCAUCCACCAGAAGUAAGUCCUUUUCCUUCUCAGAGUAUGACUUCUCCUGCUGCAUCAAAUUGGCCUGGAUCCCCCGGCUUGCCUCGUUUAUCGCCUGCCCGAGCUCAAGGACAAUCUCCAGCGAGUCAUUGCCUGCAAAGUCCAGAUCAUAAAAGUAGCUUUACACAUACUUCUAGGGUGCUUCCUCAAAAAUCUUGGGCAGGAGCAGUUCCUACAAUUAUUACUCAUGAAGCCUUAGAUGCAUUGUGUACACCGACAGCCCACCCACAUGGACUUGCUGCGCCUAAACAGUGUCCUCUGGAAAGAUUCUUGGGUUGUGUGUAUAUGAGAAAAAAUCUGCAGCGUUUCGUUCAGACAGAAGAAAAUCUCAUCUCUUUGAAUUGUUCCGAGCCGGGUGUUGUCAAUUUUAAAGUUGAAACUUUACAUUGUCGAAUUUUUAUUAAUAUGCAACAUUUCCAGUCAUUACAUUUAAAAAUAUCUUGUAUUCCAGAGCAAAAAGAUACAUGGACCAUGGAAGAACUGAGUAUUUUAGAGAAUUUUUUUGAAAACAAAGUAGCUAUACCGCCUUGUAAACCUAACACAUUACUAGGUUUUACACGUUUGUUGAACUGCCCAUAUACCGUACUCAAGGAUUUUAUACAGAUAAUUAAACUGGAAAUGAUCCCAAAUCUCAUUCAGCAACAACAAAUGAAGUGGGCUGUACAAUGGUGUUUGCGAAUACCUCCAUCGGCCACACCAAUCGUACCUGUCGGUAAAGAAGCUUUGCUGAUUUGUCGUAAUAAAAUAUUAUUUUUUUUACAAAUCACUAGAAUUGGUGUAACAUACAGCGGCAACGAAGUUCCCUCACUAGUUUUACCUCUUGUAUAUGAUACUGCAACUAAUUUGACACAGUUGGCUGAGAAAAGAGACGCAGGACCAGCAUCUGCAAUAUCAGCGGCAAGCUUACAUAUGAAACGAUUUGCCGAAUUUUCACUUAAUCACCACGAAUGCUCUAUAUUUCCGGCAGUUAGAGAUCUCAUGACAAAUUUUGUACUUCCUUCAGAACCACAACCACAAAUGUCGCCUGCAUCCAUGAACAUGAACAUGCACCCGCAAAUGGGUGGUCCAGUGUCAUCGCCUCUUAUGGGACAACACAUGAUGAAUCAAAAUUCCGGUAUGGUUGGACAAAAUCCUAAUAAUAUGAUGGGACAAAAUCCCAAUAUGGUUGUUCAAAAUCCUAACAUGGUAGGCCAAAACCCCAAUAUGGUAGGGCAGGCUCCAAAUAUGGUUGGGCAAAAUCCUAAUAUGAUGGGUCAAAACCCUAAUAUGAUGGGACAAAAUCCUAAUAUAGUCGGGCAAAAUCCUAAUAUGAUGGGACAAAAUCCUAAUAUGAUGGGACAAAAUCCUAAUAAUAUGAUGGGACAAAAUCCUAAUAUGGUAGGGCAAAAUCCUAAUAUGGUCGGACAAAAUCCUAAUAUGAUGGGACAAAAUCCUAAUAUGAUGGGACAAAAUCCUAAUAAUAUGAUGGCACAGAAUCCCAAUAUGGCCGGUCCGGGACAAAACUAUGGUGGUGUUCCGAUAUCUAAUAUGGGACCUCAACAUGGAAUGAUGCCCUCUCAUUAAUAAUAUAAUAUCUAUUACGAUAAACUAAGAUGGAGUUUUUAAUUUUUAACUUAAGUGUUUUAUUUUAAUAUAGGUAGUGUAUAUAUAAGGAUUUGACUUUACUGUUAUAAUACAUAACCUAUUGUAUGUAUAUUAAGAUGUACCUAUUGUUAUGUAUAUUUAUAAUAUAAUUAUUGUAUGUAUUUAAAUGUAUGUGUGUGUUAAAAUUUACACAUAUGUAGGGUACAAGGAAAAAAACAAUAAAGUAUUUUUAAUCUAAGGAAAACAUGUUUAAAACGUCAGUAUGUCAAAAUUAAUUUUGUGGUAUUCAUUUUUACCAAAAAGAAAUGAUUUAUCAGGUUUUUCGCAGUACCCUUUAUGUUAUAAUUAUUACACUUUUAUUAAGUAAAAAAUGUUUAGAGUUAAUCUUGAAAUGUGGUUGUAAAUUAGGUUAGAAAAUGUGUAAUGUUACCUAACACAAAGUGAAACAUUUAAAUUAUUAAACUUUAUGUAGUGUGUGUAUUGAAUUUCCAUUAGUCAUUACUCAUUACUAUACCUAUACUUAAUAUAAUAACUGUUUUUGUUUGUAAAAUUAUUUUAUUAUAAUUUAUAAAUUACCUACUUGUAAAGUU